AUGUUGCUCUUCUAUGUGAAUAUAUGUAAAGCCUCAUUCGCUCAAUUGGCUUUCAGGAGGUCCUUUGCUAUUUAUUCCAGAUCAAGAAGCCCGACAAAGGUUACAUUGACCUUAAAUUUAAAUGAUGACACCCCAAUAUUAGACAACAUAAGUUCUAAAGAAGAUUCAAAUGAACCUGAUAGAUUAAAAUUUACAGAUCGAGGAUCAAGAACUAUUAAAAACUCAAUUCCGCCAUCGUUGAGACAAAUUCAAGAUAUGAUGAAGAAAUAUAAAGGCCAUGUUGUCCUAACACAGAUGGGAUCUUUCUAUGAACUGUAUUUUGAACAAGCGAGGACUUAUGCUCCAAAACUUAAUAUAACGCUAACUUCGAGGAAAUAUAAUCACGGUAAGGUUGACUUUGCUGGGUUCCCUGUAGAACAUCUUUGUCGUUACCUAAAAGUGUUAGUCAAAGAGCACGGGUAUAGUGUAGCAAUUGCUGAUCAGUUCAAGAGGGAGGGGAUUGCAGACAACGAUCCAUGUAAAUAUCAUCGCCGCGUUACUCGUAUUGUAACUCCAGGUACAUUCAUUGAUGAAGCAUUUGAAAAUCUACAGGAUAACCAGUUUCUUUUAAGCAUAGUGUUCAGGGAAAACUGCUUUAAUAAGCUAUCACAGCGUGAUCUUCCAAUUGGACUUGCUUGGUGCGAUAUAUCUACAGGAGAGCUUUUUGUUCAAGAGGUACAACUUUCAGAUCUUAUUACUGCAGUUAAUAGAAUUAAACCAAAGGAAAUUUUGUUGAGUAAAAAUUUGGCAGGCCUUAACAUCGAAAAUGGUGAUUGGUACCCUGAACUAGUUGAAUUUAGGAAGUACUUUCUGACAUACCAGACGUACCCUGGUGAGCAUAGGACUUUGCAAAGUUUUAGCCAUUUGUUUUCAACUAAGAAGAACGGAAGAGAUUUUGAAAUUGCGACUAAGCAAUUCUCUCAGAAAGAAGUCUCUGCAUUGAGAAGCCUAUUGUACUAUAUUAAUGAAACCAUACCGGAUGGGAUGGUAAACUUAGAAUUGCCUAAGCAGCAAAUUAUAACAUCUAUGAUGCAAAUUGAUACUCGUACGUGCGCAGCGUUGGAGUUGCAAACAAGAGCUAUAGAUAAUCACAAAAAGGGCUCGCUGAUGUCAGUGAUAAGGCGAACAGUAACACCAUCGGGAAAUAGACUUUUAGCGCGUUGGUUAGCUGCUCCUUCAAUGGAUUUAGUCGAGAUUCUAACAAGACAGAAAUUAGUUAAGGUUUUUAUCGAGCGUUAUUUUGACACACAGAGGUUAGUUGAAUACCUCAAGGAUACUACAGAUAUGGCACGUCUUCUUCAAAAGUUUUCUUUUCGUAAGGUAUCCAUUAUGGAACUUAGAGACAUGGCCCGAACUUUAAAAGACUGCAAUGCUAUUUGCGAUAUACUAACAGGCUUCGUUGAAUCCAAUAAACGAACAAAUGUUACUGAAAAAAAGAUGGCUGAACUCAUUAAUACACUAAAAUUUGAUCCUCCUAUAGCCAAUACAGUAUUGAAUGCUAUCGAUGAAAGCACCAUUGAACGGUUGAAGGACGAUUCUGAAUUGAAUGAUUUGGAGGUUAUUGAGAACAGGAAUGAAACUGAUAUUUUGCCAUUCAAGAGUGAAGUCAGUGUUCUUAAAAGAGAUGCAUCUGAAAUGUUUAACGCAUUACAUCUUGAAUUUGAGUUAGCCAUCAAGAGACAGCAUGAGCUUUUAGACACAUAUACUCAACUUUUUGUCAAGGAAGGUGUGAAAAGCUGUAAAUUGAUGCUACAAAAAAAGGAUGAGCCGGUUAUUAAAGUAAUGGGUGGGAGUGCGGUAAUUAAGAGGAUUAUAGAGAAUAUUAAUAACGGCAAACUUCAAAUAUCAGAAAACUUCCACAUAAUUAGAAAAUCAAGCACCUUUUGUAUACUAUCACACCCAGCGUGGGAUCAGCUGUGCAGAGAUAUUCGUAUCAAAGUCCUAGAGAUCAAGGAAGAAGAAGAGAAAAUAUUAAAUGGGUUUAGAGAAGGUUUCAUAAAUUGCAGCGAGGAAAUUCGUAAUAUUUCCCAUUCUCUAGAUUACCUGGAUGUUCUAACAUCUUUUGCCAAGCUAAGCCGGGAAAAGAAUCUAGUAUGUCCGAUAGUGGACCUAAGUGAAGAGUUUGAAAUAAUUGGUGGUAGAAACAUAGUUGUUGAAGACGCUCUACAACUGAAAUCACUUAAAAAAUUCACUCCCAAUGACAGUUGUAUAAAACCGGGCAACUUGUGGGUCAUAACUGGUCCCAAUAUGGGAGGCAAAUCUACCUUUUUAAGACAAAAUGCUAUCAUUGCGAUUUUGGCUCAAAUUGGUUGCUUUGUUCCUUGUGAAAGCGCUCGUAUUGGGUUGGUGGACAAAAUAUUCAGUCGUGUUGGAUCAGCUGAUGAUUUGUAUAACGACAUGAGCACAUUCAUGGUAGAAAUGAUCGAGACUAGUUUUAUAUUGAAAGGUGCAACAUCGAGAUCGUUAGCCAUUCUUGACGAGGUAGGCCGUGGCACAGCGAUGAAAGAAGGUAUCUGCAUUUCAUAUGCAGCUCUUUCUUACCUUCUCAACAACAAUAAGUGUCGUACACUUUUUGCAACGCACUUUGGCAGCGAAUUGUCCCAGUUGAUUAACUCUAGUAUGCCAGAAGUAAAUCGCCGUAAAAUUCAUUUCUACAAAAGUGGUAUUAAGGACUUUAAGACUUCAUAUUUUUAUGAUUACAAUAUGAAGAAAGGUAUAUGUGACAAAUCAGAUGCUUUACGGGUAGCUGAAUUAUCUGGCUUCCCCGUGGAAGCAAUUAAUAUCGCAAGGAAUGUAUGGGAAAGCAGUAGCUGA